UGAACUAACAUUCAGCCAAUCACAAGUCGAGUCAUCUCUUGGGCGCAUCUGCCAUGAGCUUCAAAUCUCCCGUAAAAUACACCCCAGAAAAAAGCAGAGGACGAUUACGUUUUUUUUUUCAAACACACACAGGUCACAUCACCCCAAGGGAUAAGAGUGUGUUCCUCAUAGACUCCACAGAUCAACCACUGGGAAUCAAACUACAGAGUAUCCAAGAGGUUAUUAACCAGGACAAGCACUGUCUGCUUCAGCUGGGCUUGAAUCAUGUGGAGAAUCUCCUGAAGCAGAGCAUCUAUCCCAUCAUCAUCUACAUCAAACCCAAAAACAAGAAGGGACGCAAGUUCAGGAAGCUGUUAUCGGGCCACCGAGAGGAGGACCUGAUGGAAGCCUGUCAGAUGGAGGAGCUACAGCUGGAGACUCUUCCUGUGAUGUUCAGCACGGUGGAGCCAAACGCGUGGAGCAGCACGGAUGAGCUUCUGGCCGUCAUACGCAGCACAAUCCUGAGCCAGCAGAGCACCAUGGUGUGGCUGGAGCAGGAGCGACUCCAGUAGAGACGCAUCCUAAUGCGUUUCACACUUACUGUUGUUUAGGAUUGGUUAUGGGACAGAUGAUUAAUGACCAUACCUGUCAUAUAGUGGUUACAUCUCAUAUACUCCAUAAUUAGAAAUUUGAAUAAAAAGAAAAUUAAAAAACAUAUUUUAACAAACUGAUGCUGGAGAUUGGGGUUUCUACAGUUUUAUGUUCAUGUUUUAUAUCAUCUUUUUAUUAUGCACUUGAUUGAAGUAGUUAAACUUUAGAUAUCACUGAACUGUACUGUAUGUUCUUUUUUGAGUUGUAUCUGUGAAAUGAUCUGUAUUUAUUAUGAUCUUCAACCAGGAGAACUGCAUGACUACAUUCAUACAGUGUUUGGGAUCGACUAAUAUCGGGGGUUACAAUAGAACAUAUUUUUGAUAUUGAUCAAAUCUGUGAUCCAUAUAUUAUCCAUAUGAUGACUGUAAAGCAGCUCAUGUUCAGAUCUUCUCAAUGUCACAACCCGCUCCACUUGUGGGACAUGGGCAUUGGGUGAGAGGAAAAUACCAUCUUUUAGAUAAACACUUAACAUCUGAAAAAGCGUCAAGCAUCUUGAGAUUUUACAAGUCAUCUUAAAACACAUACAAACCAGGGACAUAUCUGCUGUGAAGCCUGACCCGCGAGAGGCAUGUUAGUACGUUUGCUCCUUUGCAUCUCUUGUUUUAAAGUAUAAAACAACCAAAGAACACUUUUUACGGACUCUUCAUAUAUAUUAUUGGUAUUUGAUGAUUUGUAAAUUGCACAUACUUUCAAUAAAACAUUUGCAAUUGGUUGUAAAAGGCGUUUU